CGGUGAUGGACUUUAUGGAUAAAAAUGAUAUAGAGAUGAAACCUGUUAAGCCUCUCCCAUUGGAAGAGACUACAUUUAAGAUUGUUGAAGAAGUGAAAGAUCUAAAGGAAUUAGCUGCGACAUUGCAAAGUGUUGAAGAGUUUGCUGUUGAUCUGGAGCAUAAUCAGUAUAGAUCUUUUCAAGGAUUAACAUGCUUGAUGCAAAUCUCUACCAGGACCGAGGAUUAUAUUGUUGAUACAUUCAAGCUUUGGGAUCACAUUGGUCCUUAUCUAAGGGAACUCUUCAAAGACCCUAAAAAGAAAAAGGUAAUGCAUGGAGCAGAUUCAGAUGUUAUUUGGCUUCAACGGGACUUCGGCAUUUAUGUCUGCAAUCUUUUUGACACAGGACAGGUUUGAUUUUUGGUUAUUAUGUUUUCACAAAGCCGUGUUUCUUGUAGGCACAGGAGAUCACCUUAACACAACACAUUCUGGUAAUGAAGAAAGAAGAAUGAAGACAACUUAUUAAAUAUAACGAAACUCUUUCUUUGUUUUUGUGUAUGCUUUAGAUGGUUGAAACGAUAGAUUUAGUUUGUGUAUGCUUUAUUUUUUGCAUUAAUUGAUCUCAGCUCACACAUUUGCAUGUGAUGGCAAAUAUGCUAGAGAAGAUACCCAUUAUCUUUUGUACAUUUAUGAUGUAAUGCAAAUAGAUUUGCACAUAAUG